UAACCAUCCUUGAACUGAAGGAAUACUGCGAAAGAUAUGUGUCUUGUACCUUCCUUUAUACCUUCUUGUAUCCUGUCCACUCCUGUUUAUAUUGCCUCUGUCAAAUCCUUUGAGUAUCUCGUAUGUCGUUAUCAUGUUUCCCCUGGUGCUCUUAGGUUCAAAUGUAUCUGUUAAUCCUCCUGUCUCCGCUCAACACGACUUAUAUUCUCCUCUAUACACACUAAGAGUAGCUACUCUACCCACACUAAGAGCAGGUCCUAUAUCCACUCUAAGAGCACCUCCCCCACAGAUAGUGGUGACGUAUGAAGACUCAAUGGACACCAGUCGUCACGUGAUCACUCUCAACAUCAACACUGGAGGCUCGGGGUUCGACCCCACGACCCUCUACGACCCCGCCUCAGGACGACUUGGGAUUGUCUUCCGGCUGGGAGGACUGUACCGCAGGCGCCGCUACUCCCUACAGGUCGUGGCCUUCCAGGGUUCCAUCCGCGCUGCUCACUCCAGACUCGCGUUCCUCACCGGAGAAGACGAUGGAGAGGACAAGCUGUACAACCUGACGGGAAUCAUCCUAGUGCUGGGGAUUUCGACGAUCAUCAUGGUGGUGGUGAUGGUGUGUGUGGGUUACGAGAAGCUCAUACACCAGAAGAAGGAGGAAUGCUGCAGCUUCAUCUGCUGCAGAAAGCGUAAGAAGAGACCACCGAAGUCGUCCAUAUCACCAGAGCCACUCGUAGUCCGUGACGGUAGAGGAGCUGGGGAGAGCCCCUCUACAUCCUCACAGAGAUACUGAGGGUCGCUGCGAGUACAGCUCCUCAGUCACUCUCAGACGGGUUGUAUUAUGGGUUUCUCUUCAAAACGUAUUGAGAAUAAGUGCCUAUUAUUAGAUUCGAAUAAUUUUGUACAACUCUGUGGAUGAACGAAGAAUGCUUGGUGCCUCUCUCUAGCUUUUACCACUAUUGUAUUAAAUUCUUUUAU